AUGACCAUUUUCAAUGAUCUUUUGGAUAGCUCGAAAUACAACCCUAAGAUAAGACCAAUUCUUGACCAGAAUUCGACACUAUACGUCUAUGUAUCGUUUGAGCUGUUGUCUAUUGUAGAGUUGGAUGACGUCAAGCAAAGUUUUACCUGUAACGGUUUCCUGGGAUUUGUCUGGAUCGACCAGAUGUUGAAGUGGGAUAGGAACCAAUAUGGAGGACAGUAUGUGAUACAUCCGGUCCCAGAGGACAUCUGGAGACCACGUGUGGUCAUCAUGAACACGUUAGGGAACCGGGACCCGUUUGGCGAUGACGUUGCCCCCGUUUUUAUCUUCGAGUCUGGUGAAGUAUCAUGGGUACCAGGAACUCUGUGGACAACUUCCUGUGAACUGGACCUGACGGACUACCCGUUUGACAGUCAGAGCUGUGCAGUCCAGAUUGUAGCCAUGACCCUAUCGUCAGUAGAAAUGUCGUUCUGGACCUAUCCGGAUAAAGUAGGUCUGAACUUUUUCACGACAAACGGAGAAUGGGAGUAUCUUUCAUCAAGCGUGAGGACCACAUUUAUCAGCACAGGGUCUUUAAACAUGUCCAGUGUCAUAAUAACGUUUAACAUGAAGAGGAGACCCACCUUUCUCCUCAUCAACAUUAUCCUCCCUGUCGUGUUUCUCUCUUUCCUCAAUCUGCUCGUCUUCGUCAUUCCAGUGGAAUCUGGGGACAAAAUUGGCUAUGGCUUUAUGCUUGAAUUUCCAAUGAGCAGUUAUUCAAUUGUCUAUUAG